CCCCAUCCCUUUCCCUACAGCCGAGGCCUCACCGCAUUGACAGGCCAUUGACUGUAGUACUGCCUCUUUCACUGUGAUGGUGGCCCUGAAAAUGUAUGACACAUUGUAUAUCCGCUAACUUUUGAUAGUCUGUUCCGUGCCCUCAUCCAAAAUGGCCGUUCAGCUCUUGCAUUGACGCUCCGUAUGCCCAUGUGACCUCUGCAGGCUUGCCCUUGCCGCUGUGUAAGGAAGAUGCUGUCAGUCAUGGCGCUGUGCAGGACGAGAAAUUGCCGGUUUAUGAUGAGCGAGAAUGGCCGGCGCAUGAGGAACUGCGUCCUUUUACUGUACCAGCCCUGCCAUUUAUCAACAAACUCCAAGCCGAAGAGCAUGCUCUCCAUAAUCACCUCAAAGGCCAAAUAUGCCAAUGAACAAUACGAGCGUUUCUUGGAAAGAAAGUUCCCAAAAUUUUAUCUCUUGUAUUCCACCUUCAUGAAGGGCUUUUGGAUGUUGAUGACAGAAGCAAAAGAAGUGGGCUACAUAAAGCAAAGAAUGAGGAAUGAAGGAAUACCGUUCCAGCAGCUGCCUUAUAGGGAAAUGGAGAAAUUAAGGCAGUUCCGGAGAGAUAUUAUAAAAGCUGCCCCAGUUGUGAUCAUUUCCAUUCCGCCCUUUGCCAACUACCUCGUCUUUGUCCUGAUGUAUUUCUUUCCUCGGCAGCUGUUAAUUCGGCACUUUUGGACCCCAAAACAGCAGGAAGAAUUCAUGGAUAUUUAUCACAGAAUGAGAGUUGAGGUGUACCCCGAAAUCUUUGAUGGCUUGUUAAAAGCAGUUCCUAAAUUAUCUGAAAGGAAUCUCCGCAAUCAGAUGUUGCAGCUGUGCACUCUGGUGCAGCACGGCACCCACCCACAAGUGGAAAACCUCCAGGCUGUCUGUACCGCAUUCUCAGGUCCGCCUUUGGGUAUGAAGAGACUUGAUGUUCAGCAAAUGAAAGCCCUCAGCCGCGUCAUGUUCCUGACACCCCACCUCCCGGCUUUCCUGCUACAGCGUCGGCUUGGGAGCCAUAUAUGUGAGAUACAAAAUCUUGACUGUGCACUUCUCAAGCUUGGUGUGAAUGAGCUGUCAGAGGAAGAACUCAAGCGGGCUUGUUAUGUCAGAGGGUUGAAUUCUACUCAUCUUAGUAAGGAAGACUGCAAGACAUGGUUAAAUUGUUGGCUCCAGCUAUCCAGCAGGUUAAAAGUGUCGGAGGCAUCGUUAUUGCUGCAUAGUAUGAUCUUAUUAUCUGCCAACUACCUCCAGUCCUUAAAACAAUGAUGGUCGACUAGAUGGGGACUGUAUUUAUUGUGCACAGUUGUGGCCUUCACGUAUCCUAACUCACAGUCCAUUAUAAUGCUGGGAAAAGUCAGCUUGGAAUAUGUUUCUCAUCUUUGCUUAAAGGCAACCCUGCACUGAACACCUGACCCAGAUGUUCCUACUCGCUGACACAGAGAGGAAAGCGGCCUACAAGCAAGACGAGAAUGGACCAAACCAUGAAGUGUUUUGUGUCGUUAUUAAAAUUCCACAAGGUUCACCAGAUAUGACCUUCCCAUUUUCAGUGGUUGAACUUGGUAUGAAUAUGGCAGCUGCAGCAGUGCCUAGUAAUAUUUACCCCACCCAAGAGAAAUGGCUGAGGGAUGUGUAUACUGGAGGAGCUGUGCACUUUCAACCGAAUAUGUUUGCUUUAAUUGAGCAGUGCAUGCAAGCCUGGCAGAUGCACACAGCUCUGUAAUAUGGUUAUUUGCUCGCCAGAGUUUUACAAAACAAGAAGCCUUAAAAUAUUCCCACUAAAAAUAGUGAAAGUGCUGCUGAAAUUCUGUAUGGAAUCAAUCUGUAGUCAAACAGCUGUGCAUGAUACUGAAGGCAGUGAAGAAUAUUAUGUAGUGAAAUAUGGAUUGUGCUUUGGGGUACGGAGGAACUACUUUUGUUUUCCUAUUUUUAUCUUUUUUUUAAUAUGAAUUGUUUCUUUGGCAAUGCAUGCUUCUGUAUGUUUUAUUGGUGGAAAAGCUGUUUACCAUUUACAACUUAAACUUGUUUUGUUUUGUAAA